AUGGACGGGGACGUGCAUGGGGCCCCGAAAGCUAGCGCCAAUGCAUGCCUAGCAUGUCGGCGCGUGAAGAUGAGAUGCACCAUGACGCUGGAUGCCGUCAAGUGCGAUCGCUGCGUGCGCAAAUCACUGGACUGCUUGUUCCGUGAACAUCGCCGGGGAAGGAAACCUGGCACGCGCUUGAUCAAGCCCAACUCCAAGCGGUCGCUCGACUCGCCACAAGGGUUAUCAUUCCCUGAGGGGAUGCCGCCUGAGGGUGUUGCGCGACGGCCUAGCUUACCGAGGGACGAACGUGUUUCGGACUUUUGGGCGGAGUCCGAAGGGCUUCAGCCUAAUGGACUGCUGAGCCAUCAGGCGAUGAAGGGGAAGUUCUCGUUACAGAAUAUUCUCAGUACUAAUCAUGGCUCGACUCCUGACCGACCUGUUGAAGCGGUUUCACCUGAUGAUCCAGUUCGGUGUGGUCUUGUCAGCCAUGAUCUUGCUCUACGCUUAUUUGAAAGUUUCAUGACGAAAUUAAAUCCCUUCGUCAGUCAACUGGAUCCUCGUCUCCAUUCCUUCACAUAUGUGCGGCAGAAAUCCUCAUUUCUGCUCAGUGCAGUCCUCACUGCUGCAUCCAAAUCAUUUGAAAUCUCAUUAUACCCAAGUCUCCAUGAACAUGCCGAAAAGCUAUACAUGGAGUCUUUUCGGCGGGGAGACAAGUCUGCCGAGACAGUCCAGGCCAUCAUGGUUCUCACAUAUUGGAAGGAGCCUAAUGAUACCAGAGCCUGGAUGUCUGUUGGUCUUGCAAUCCGCAUGUCAAUGGAUUUGGGCUGGCAUAAACUGGGGCAUGACCCCCCUAGGCAAGAGCAGUUGACUGAGACUCAACAAAGAGAAAUCAGAAAUGACGAACGGACGUGGUUGGUUCUGUUUGUGUACGAUCGCAGUAUGAGCUUGCAGACAGGCAAACCUUGGAUGAUUGAGAGGACUCCGUUUAUCGAGUCAGCACAAGACUGGUGGAGACAUCCACUCGCCAUCGAUAAUGAUCGACUUCUCUGCGCAUUUGUCACUCUCCGACUGCUGGCAGCGGAGGUAUUUGACCUGUCCAAUCCUGGUAAUCACCAUCCAGCUCCUCGGCCGUUGGCAGUCCUUCAAAAUAGGAUUGAGCAAUGGCAAAAUAAGUGGCUAGAUGUAGUUGACCCAGGAAGCUGUCAUAAUUUCAUGAUCCGAUUUUACGGUGCUCAUCAAUCUUUGCAACUCUUCUCUAUGCCUCUCCAAGAGACCUUGAAGAAAAAAACCUUUAAUGAAACCUGCGAUCUCAAACCAUUCUGGAUCAGCUAUCACAGUGCAACGAACAUGUUGCGUUUGAUGACCGAGAUCUCCUCCUUCUUGAGCCUCUGUCAAGACUCCAUACAUGUCAUGACUGCUUACUCUGCAGUCCUUCUCAUCAAACUCCUUCUCUCUUCUCCCCCUAUGAUAAGCCAGGAAAUUGAACCCGACACAAUUGCAACAAUCCGUGCUGCGGCAAAUGUAUUUACCAGUCAAACCGCACCGUUGAGCACAAGCUGCAGUCUCCAAUCCCGAUUCUUGAACAAUAUCCUUGGGGAAUUUGCAACCCUUCGACGUCCCCACCCAAUGGACAGAAACAGAUCUAUCGAUCGGCCACAAGGAUUCGUCGACCCAAACGCUCCACCAUCAAACGCCUCAUUCCCAGAUUCCCCUGCCACCGCCCCAUCUCACAACUCCCCAAUCCACCAGAACGCGGAGACCCAUAGUAUCCCCACAGCGAGGCCAUACCCGCAACCCAACUCAACCAAUCCAGAUCAGACCAUCAUCCAGCCACAAAGCCAUCCUCCCCAUCCACAAUCCAUCCAAGCCUCGUACUUCCACCGGCCAUCCAUUCCAAAUGCAGACCCUGCCUAUGACACGCCAAUGGUUGGCAUUCCACCAGGACCAAAUGGUCUCCCCGCUGUCUCAAACAUGGGUUACAAUAACCAAAUGGAUGCAGCCUCGAACUUUGUGUUCAGCGAUGAGGCCAUGUGGGUCGGCAUGUUCGCUAGUGCCGGAUUCAAUCUCCAAGACGGGGUCUUCUGUGGCUGA